AUGCUUGUCUUCUUUCUCUUCUUCCUCUUUUCAUUUGCAAAUGCCACGAAUCACACAAACAACUGGGCUGUUCUCGUGUCGUCCUCCAGAUAUUGGUUUAAUUACCGACACAUGGCAAAUGCCCUCGGAAUGUAUCGCACCGUAAAGCGCCUCGGUAUUCCAGAUUCCAACAUCAUCCUCAUGCUGGCCGAUGAUGUCUCUUGCAACCCUCGCAACAAGUUUCCCGCCAGUGUCUACGCCCAACCAGGCCGUCACCUCGAUCUCUAUGGCGACAACAUCGAGGUCGAUUAUAGAGGCUAUGAAGUCACCGUUGAGAACUUUAUCCGUGUAUUGACAGGCAGGAUGGAGCCCUCCGUUCCGCGUUCUAAACGCUUACUGACGGACGACAGGUCGAAUAUAUUUGUUUAUAUGACUGGACAUGGCGGGAAUGAGUUCCUCAAGUUCCAGGAUAACGAGGAGAUCAGCGCGUUUGAUAUCGCGGAUGCGUUUGAACAGAUGUAUCAGAAGAAGAGAUACAACGAGAUAUUAUUCAUGGUUGAUACCUGCCAGGCGAAUACCCUGUAUUCUAAGCUUUACUCCCCUAAUAUACUGGCCACUGGAAGCUCCGAAAAGGGCCAAAAUUCCUAUUCGCAUUCAUCAGAUAAUGAUAUAGGUGUUGCCGUCAUUGAUGCUUUUACCCAUUACAUUCUCGAGUUUAUGGAGGGAAUCAAUAAGACGAGUCAGAUGUCCAUGCACGAUUUGAUAAAGUCAUGGGACGUUUCCAAAAUCGGAUCAAACCCAGGCGUGCGAAGCGAUUUAUUCAACCGUCCCCUUUACAACACCCGAAUAACGGAUUUCUUUGGGGGAGUGGCUCAAGUCGAGGUUGAAUCACCGAAUUCGUUGCAUGAAGGGUUUGUUGUCUGUAACGAGUCAGAUCCAAUUGAACAGGAAUCUGUGCAAGUGACCUCGACGAUUCCGACGGGUUCGCCGACAAGUAUGUUCCAUCAUGUGUGGCUAUACGCCAAAGAGAGGAAAAACUUCCGGACAUGGGCGGCUUUGGUUAUUAUUGGAAGCCUGGUGGGGUGGGUAGGGUUUGUGAAGCGAUAG